AUGACUGCCGAAAAUAAAACAAUAACAAUGUUGAUGCAACUUCGAAUAGUUUUUCUUUGCCUUGUUAAUAAUGAUCUUGAGCAUGAUGAAUUUAACAGAACGUCUAAUAGCAUAAGAUUUGUUCUUUGUGAUUAUUCCACCAAACUAAAUGGAAUAGAUAUAAAAGAUGCCAACAACAAUGAAAAAAUAACACCCACACAGUAUUUCAAUUCCAAAAUAAACGUACAUACUGCCAAGAAUGCACGAGGUGUUAAUUCGAUUAAACCAUGGGGAUACAUUCAAGAAAAAUGUUUUAAGCGGAAAGUCCUUGAUAAACUAAAUAAAUCGGGUGCAAUGACAUUUGCAACAGAUCCUGACGUCGAAAAAUAUUCAGAUGAAGCCAGGAUUAAUGGAUUAGAAAUAUUUCUUAAAGAUUACAUUGUUGAUGUUAGUUUAUUAAAGCAACAACGCAUAAAGAAUAAAUAUUUGGAGAUUGAUGAUGAUGUUAAGAGCAGAGGAUCUACGUAG